CUGUACUGGAUGUGAUUGUAUUCAAAAGGGCUUGAUUAUUGUUGCUUCAAUUGAAAGAAUUCUCACCUUCUUUUAUUUCUUUCACCCCUUUUGUGAAUCAAGAAGCUCUGGAUGGAUAAAAUUCAGCACGUAUUCGUCGAAGUUCAAGGAGGAUUGGAAAUCCAUGUAGCGGAGAUCGGAACCGGUUCAAAUGUCGUGGUUUUUCUUCACGGUUUUCCGGAGAUUUGGUACUCAUGGCGCCACCAGAUGAUUGCUGUGGCUGACGCCGGAUUCCGAGCAAUUGCUGUCGAUUACAGAGGAUAUGGACUCUCUGAUCCGCCGCACGAGCCCUCCAAGGCUACUUACAGCGAUCUCAUUUCCGACCUCCUUGAAAUCCUCGACACCCUCGAUAUCCCCAAGGUGUUUCUUGUGGGGAAAGAUUUUGGAGCAAUGCCAGCUUAUUACUUUGCUAUCAAACACCCAGAGAGGGCAUUAGGAGUUGUGACAUUGGGAGUGCCAUUUAUGCCUCCUAAAAGACCUAACUUCCAAGACCACCUCCCUGAAGGCUUCUACAUUUCCAGAUGGCAGGAACCUGGACGAGCCGAGGCUGAUUUUAGUCGUUUCGAUGCAAAAACCGUUGUUAGGAAUGUCUAUAUCCUUUUCUCUAGAAGUGAAAUCCCAAUAGCACAAGAAAAUCAGGAGAUAAUGGACUUGGUGGAUUCAUCUACUCCUCUUCCCCCUUGGUUUACUGAGGAAGAUCUUGCAGCUUAUGGAGAGCUCUAUGAGAAAUCUGGAUUUCACACUGCAUUAAAAGUUCCUUACAGGUCAAUGAAUGAAGAUUGGGGAGUAAAAGAUCCAAAAGUGGAAAUUCCAGCUCUUCUUGUAAUGGGUGAAAAAGAUUAUGUUCUAAAAUUUCCAGGAAUUGAGGAGUAUGUAAGAAGUGAAAAAGUGAAAGAUUAUGUUCCAAAAUUGGAGAUCAUCUUUCUACCAGAAGGAUCUCAUUUUGUUCAAGAGCAAUCUCCAGAAGAAGUUAAUCACCUGCUGCUCAGUUUCCUUGCCAAGCAUACAUGAUUUGGUUUGGACAUCCGAAUACAGAGGUUAAAUCUAAGUAAACCUUUUACUUAUUGAGUACUUUUGUUGUUUUUGAAUUCCAAAACCAUGGACAGCAUAUGUAUUAUUGUAUUUGAUAAGUUAGAUGUGGGUAUAAUCCAUAGAUGUCAAUGCCUUGUACUAAUGAAGUGCUCAACAGGGCAAUUUCCUUGAUAAAAACAUUUCAAAUGUUGAGAGCCAAAAACAUAUCUAACUACCAUUUUAGAAAUGGACUUUCAUUUCAAAUUUUUUGGGCA